GUGAUGGAUUAGAACUCAGAAAAGGGACGAACAAGAUUAAAGUCAUGAGGGGUUUUGUAGACAACAACUUGCUGUUGCUCAUGUUCUCUUACUUUUCCUCUGCUGUGUCCUCCUCUCUUUAUUCCUCCUCUUGUCAGUUACAGGGGCGGUUUAAUUUAAAUGGGAUGCACAAAACUGGCGAUGUGAUUCUAGGUGGGAUUUUUCAAAUCAACUUCUUUUCUGCUGAUCCUGACCUGACUUUUACCUCAGAGCCACAGCUGCCUACCUGUUAUGGUUUUGAUAUUAUAGGAUUGAGGCAGGCUCAGUCCAUGGCCUUUGCUAUUGAUGAGAUCAACAGAAACUCCAAUCUGCUGCCUAAUGUGACUCUGGGAUACAGUCUGUAUGAUAACUGCAUCCAACUACGAAUUGGAUUUCGUGCAGCACUGGCCUUAGUCAGUGGUCAAGAAGAAGAAGUUACAGUAGAGGAGAACUGUGUAGGAACUCCUCCAGUCCUAGGGAUUGUGGGUGAUACUACUUCUUCAAAUUCUAUAGCCAUUUCUACAGUCUUAGGUUUGUACAGAGUGCCUAUGGUGAGUUAUUUUGCCACAUGUUCCUGCCUGAGUGACAGACAAAAGUUUCCAUCUUUCUUUAGGACGAUCCCAAGUGAUGCUUUUCAGGUGAAUGCUAUGAUUCAGAUCUUAAAACACUUUGGUUGGACUUGGGCAGGUCUGCUCAUCAGUGAUGAUGAUUAUGGAGUCCAUGCUGCCCGAUCCUUUCACUCUGAUCUGGGUCCAGCUGAUGGAGGUUGUCUGGCUUACACAGAGAUUUUGCCCUGGGGUGACGACUCUGCUGAACUAAAGAGAAUAGUGGAUGUGAUGAGGAAAUCUACAGCUCGAGUGGUGAUUGUGUUUGCACAUAAGACUCACAUGAUUAACCUCAUGAAAGAGGUGAAUCAGUUUUGGGAACAUACAUUUCAGUGUAGAUUUGCACCACCUCCAGCAGGUUGGGUGGAAGCUGAAGGAGAAUUAUGCACUGGACAGGAAGUUAUAGAGAAUGUGGAGUCUGAGUUAUUUGAUGUUUCAUACCUCAGACCAGAGUAUAAUGUGUAUAAGGCUGUGUACGCUCUGGCAUAUGCUCUCGAUGACAUGCUGCAGUGUGAGCCAGGGAGAGGACCUUUCAGCAACAACACCUGUGCUCAUUUACAAAGAAUGGAGCCAUGGCAGCUUGUGUAUUACUUGGAAAAAGUCAACUUCACCACAACAUUUGGUGAUCAAGUGUCAUUUGAUGAGAAUGGUGAUGCCUUACCAAUAUAUGACAUCAUAAAUUGGGUGUGGCUCCCUGAUGGAAGAACUAAAGUUCAGAGAGUGGGUGAGGUUAAGAGGUCAGCCUUCAAAGGUGAAGAACUCACACUGGAAGAAGACAAAAUCUUCUGGAACUUUGAAUCCAAACAGCCUCCUCAGUCAGUGUGCAGUGAGAGCUGUCCUCCAGGUACCCGCAUGGCCACUAAGAAAGGAGAACCUGAGUGUUGUUUUGACUGUGUCCCUUGUUCUGAGGGAAAGAUCAGCAAUACAACUGACUCCAUGGAGUGCACCAGUUGUCCAGAAGAUUUCUGGUCCAGCCCCCAGCGUGACCACUGUGUUCCUAAAAAAACAGAGUUCCUCUCCUACCAUGAGCCUCUGGGUAUCUGCUUGACAUCUAUCUCACUGUUGGGCACAUUAAUCUGUGUUCUUGUUCUGGGCAUUUUCAUCCAUCAUCACAGCACACCUAUAGUUCGUGCCAACAAUUCAGAACUCAGUUUUCUUCUCCUGGUGUCACUCAAACUGUGCUUCUUGUGUUCGUUGCUCUUCAUUGGACGACCCAGAUUAUGGACUUGCCAAUUAAGACAUGCAGCAUUUGGCAUCAGCUUUGUGCUUUGUGUCUCAUGUAUCCUGGUGAAAACCAUGGUGGUUCUGGCUGUGUUCAGGGCCUCCAAACCAGGAGGUGAGUCCAGUCUCAAGUGGUUUGGUGCUGUGCAGCAGAGAGGGACAGUUCUGGUUCUGACUUCUAUUCAAGCAGCAAUCUGCACUGCUUGGCUUGUCUCUGCUUCACCAGUGCCUCAUAAAAACACCCAGUAUCACAAUGACAAGAUAGUUUAUGAGUGUGUAGUUGGGUCCACAGUUGGUUUUGCAGUUUUACUUGGUUAUAUUGGUUUACUGGCUGUCCUCAGUUGUUUAUUAGCUUUUCUUGCAAAGAAUCUUCCAGACAGUUUCAAUGAGGCCAAACAUAUCACUUUCAGCAUGCUGAUCUUCUGUGCAGUGUGGGUGGCCUUUGUCCCUGCUUACAUCAGCUCACCAGGCAAAUAUGCAGAUGCAGUGGAGGUAUUUGCCAUCUUGGCCUCCAGUUUUGGCCUCUUGGUGGCACUGUUUGGACCCAAAUGUUACAUCAUCCUGUUGAGACCAGAGAGAAACACAAAGAAAGCCAUCAUGGGUCGAUGCACCACAAAGUAAAACUGUGAACACUGG